GAUUUCCAUAGAUCAGUCUUGUGGUGGUGUGCAGUUGCCAUUAAGUGCUCAUAGUACUCCGGUUUAUGUGGCUGUGGCUGGCUCCUGUCAGCGCGUCUCUGUUCGGUUAGACCUGGAAUUCGAAGUGGCGGGGGAGACAGCACACGUCCGCUGGACCAGUCGCACAAAUAAUGAAGCCCAGCAGUAGCGUGUCGUGUGGUUGCUGUUUCUGUUGCUACUGUCGCAGUUGGCUAAUGGUGCUGUUAAUGGUCUCCAGUGUUAUUCACGUGUCACCGGAGAUGAUGACAACAAUAUCAACAAAAACAGACACAAAUUUAAAUAAUUACUACAAAGCCAUGACUAAAUUUGCAAAGUUCAAUACCAAAUUACCUAGUCAACCGAACGAAGUGGAAACAUCAUCGGCUAAACCCUCUGUGGAUGCUCAGCAGAGCACCAUCACAGACAUAUAUCCUGCACUGCAAAACGAUAUGGCAGCCACAUUGGUCACACUGCAAACACCCUUCACAAUCUCGGAAUCAGCAGCAGCAACAACAACAAUAAUUACUACAACUAAAACAUCAUCUCAGCUUGGACAAAUUGCAAUGACCAGGCAAAGUUCACACGAAACAAAAACAGCAACAACAACAACAACACUCAAAACUGAGCAUACAGAAGAAGGAGAAGAAAUGAAGAACUCAGUUUACAGGUCGUCAACGGACAACCCCAGUACACCUGCUCUCAUCGGUGAUAAUUACGACGUUGUUAUCCGAACAACAGAUACACCAGAUUCAAUGCACAAAUCCACAGAGACAAUGGGUGAGAAAGGAACAACGACAGUACAAAUCGCUCCGUUUCAUGGUGACAACAAAAACCUCAAGUAUCCCAGAACAGAAUCGAGUUCAGGCCAACACUAUGGAACAACAUCAGCAGAAACAACAAUUGUCGCACAACACAUACAACGUCCUGAGGGCAAUCAUGUUGGGUUUGCAACGAAUCACAGGCACAACAGCAGUAGCAACAACGAAGAAGUACAAAAGACCAUCACUGGGCAAAGAAUCACAGCCACUGUCUCCUCUAGUUCAAAGUUAACUAAACAAUACAUCGCCCAGCCCAGCACUAAGGACCAAAUAACAAUCACCGGCAUUAGCAACAACAACAGCACUGGCAGUGGCAGUGACACAAACGCCAAAGAUAUGUCGGUGUCAUCACAAUGGCAAACGACUCACUCAGACCUGCAGUACUUGCAACACAAUCAAUUAAAGAGACCAGCAUUUCUGGCCGCAUCUAGUCAGACACUGCAGCGUCGGACGAGGCAAGCGGACGAUGAGCCAAUCGACAAAUGUCGUUUGUUUGAAGUGGGUGAUCCCGAAAAGAUGGAGCUGUAUAGCCCUGACUAUCCGAAUGUCUAUCCGAAGAACAUUAAUUGCACGCGUGUGAUUACAGCACAAAAGGGACAAAUAAUUCGCCUGGAUUUUCGCAAUUCAUUUCACAUAGAAGAGAAGGAGGACUGCAAAUUCGACUUUUUAGAGAUUCGUGAUGGACAAUAUGGUUUCUCAAAUCUAAUAGGGAAAUUUUGUGGAACAGAUUUCCCACCGGAGAUUACAUCAAAAGAACGAUAUCUUUGGCUGCAUUUUCAUUCAGAUGAAAGUAUAGAAUAUUCUGGCUUUACGGCUGUUUACGAAUUUAUUGACAGAACCAGAGACGCUCCCAGUACGGAUUUAAAUUGCACAAUUGAAAAGGGCGGCGACGAGGGUUUUGUUAACAGUACCGAUAUACCACAGGAGAUCAGAGAUACCGUUGCUGCCAAUAAAAUUGCCUUAGAUUGUAUGUGGCGUAUUCAGGUGCAAGAGAAGUGGAAGAUCCAAGUGAAAUUUAUAGAUUUCAAAUUAUCCAAACCCAAUGACUGUGACGUGAAUUUCCUGGACAUUUUCCCAGAACAGACAGUGAUGCCCCUCAGAGUGAAAAACUUUUGUGGCUCUGCCGGUGAGGGUAUUACAUCGGAGUCCAAUAUUUUGCAUAUGCGGUUUUAUGCCGAGCAACAGGCCGUAAACUCGACAUUUUCCAUUUUGUAUACCGCCUUCCGAGAUCGAGGCAGUGGAGCGUGUGCAGAAAAUGAAUACGACUGUGAAGAUGCCACCUGUAUUGCUGCCGAUUUAAAGUGCAAUCAGCGAGACAAUUGCAAAUUCCGCUGGGACGAGGAAGGCUGUGAGCCCGAAUCCAAAGGACAAUCGGAACAUAUGACUAUUAUCAUCACAGUAUUUGGUUUGAUCCUGGGCGGAAUGGUCAUAACAUUCCUCGUAAAUUGUGUGCGCAAAAUUAUGCAUGACCAGAAGAUUAUACGGGAACACAUACGGCAAUCAAAGGAAAGCAAGCUCGAUGAAAUGGGACGCAAUUCAAAGGCCCGGUCUCGUGACAACAUAUCCAUUGUAUCGCCCAGACAAAAACAUUCGCAAACUUCGCUACAGAUACUUGAUGAUGUUUCCAAUCGCUAUUAUCGGGAAAUUGAACUGCAGACCAAGGGCAAUUUCAAAGAGAAGGAGCCCCCCAACCUAAUACGACGCCACGAUAUGAUUGUUCAAACGAGUCUAUGCAGCACCGAUGAUUCCUCCACAACGACGGCGACAGAACAGCAACCAGGACCAGCAGCAGGCCAGCAACCCAAUGCAUGUGACAUGGGUUGUCAAACGAGAGAGUCAUUAUUUGGUACCGCCUCAUUGCUGCGUUCAAAAUCAAAGACACCCUCCCUUGUCGGUGGUCAUCGAAGCGUAGAAGGUGUACCACCACCACCUCGAUUCUCAACGUUUGGCUAUGAUGCCGCCCAAAUAACCACCCAGCAGCCGGCGCUUGGUACUACUUCCACCCUAUCCAGACGCAAUAUUCACCUGCCACAGGGAUCCAUGGAAGCGGACCAUCCACCAAAUCAGGAGCAUAUGACUAUGAUGCAGCCACAAAUGCAACAGCAACCGCAGCAACAUCGUCACUUACAUCAUCGGCCAUCGCAAGAAAUUUGUCACCAUCAUCAUCAACAUCAGCAGCAACAACAGCAACAUCAACAACAACUACAGAAGCAAACAUUGCCACGUCAUCAGCAUCAACAUUUACAGGACCAACACCAGCAUCACCAUCCCCCUUCAUCAACGGGACCGCACAUAACCAAUGUGCCAGCAUCUGGCACAACGAUUGUAACAGCCAUAUCAACAGGAUCCAGUGCUGCCCGAGGCCGAGACCCAUCCGCCGCUGUCGGCCCAGCUGCCAGUGCCAAGAACAAACAGACCAAACUCGAUGAAUCAAAGCUCUUCAUCGACAUUAGAAACUCAGCACCGGACGUCAUAAUUAUGACAUCCCAUUGACAAUUAAGGAAAUUCCAGCCCAACAACCCCCGCUAUACCCAGCAACUUUGUACAGAAUAUUGCAUUAUACCUCCGACCAGU